UCUCUGUAAAGAUGGAAGAAGCAGAACUCUGCUUUCCGCUACUCCUCAACACCUCCUGCAGGAAGCCGAAGCCUCCUCGCUCUGAGGCUGCGCUCCUUUACAUCCUGCUGUUCUUCAUCUCUCUGCUCACUGCCGCUCUCAACCUGCUGGUCAUCAUCUCCAUCUCCCACUUCAGGCAGCUCCACUCCCCCACCAACCUCCUCCUCCUCUCUCUGGCUGUCUCAGACUUCCUCGUGGGCCUCUUGGUGAUCCCGGUUGAAAUCCUCAUGACAGGGACCUGCUGGAUCCUGGGUGACCUCAUGUGUGCUCUGUAUUUUUUCCUACCUGUCAUCCUUAUCUCUGCCUCUGUAGGAAAUAUGGUGCUCAUAUCAGUCGACCGCUAUGUGGCGAUUUGUGACCCUCUGCAUUACGCCGCCAGAAUCACUGAAAAAGUAGUUACGGUCAGUGUUUGUGGGUGUUGGAUCUGUUCUGUUUUCUACAGCAUUUUUCUUUUAUAUGAUCACCUUAAAGAACCAGGCAGAUAUAAUUCCUGUUAUGGAGAGUGUAUGGUUAACAUUGCAGGAGAUGUGGACCUUGUUGUGACCUUUAUAAUUCCUAUUGCUGUCAUCGUAAUUCUGUAUAUGAGAGUGUUUAUGGUGGCGGUAUCUCAGGCUCGUGCCAUGCGCUCUCACAUUGCAGCCGUCAAACUCCAGCUUUUAGGGACUCUAACGACGAAUAAAUCUGAGCUGAAAGCAGCCAGGACUCUCGGUGUUGUUGUAGCUGUGUUUCUGAUUUGCUAUUCUCCAUACUACUGUCUCUCUCUCACAGGCCGCAACAUUUUGAUCGGUUCUUCGACUGAGGCCUUUAUGAGCUUUCUGAUGUAUUUUAACUCCUGUCUGAACCCUGUGAUCUAUGCCUUGUUCUAUCCCUGGUUUAGAAAAGCUAUUAGACUCAUUGUCACUCUUCAGAUACUGCAGCCUGACUCCUGUGAGACAAACAUGCUGUAGAGAGAGACGCUGUGCUGGGGUUAAAAUGAGACCUUUUUUCUCUUUGACAAUUAAAUGUUACUAGACAAUCUUUUUUGUAUCUUUUGUAUUUUCAGGAGAAAAUGUGUGUGAUUGCUGCCAGCUGCUGAUUUAUUUACGGCAAGAUGUUUCAUGUUUGUAAAAUUCAAACACACAAUGUAGAGGAGUUUGGGUCGGCCAUGGAGAAGGACUUUCGGUUGGCCUUAAAGAAGUUCUGGGAAACCGUCUGAUGACUCAGGAAGGGAAGCAGGGUUAUGCCUCGGCUGUGCUCAGCAGGUGAGGGGAAUUGCUGACACUGACAGGGGAUAUUGUCGAGCGAUGGAAAGUGCAGUUGACGAACUCAGAAUCAGAAAUACCCUAUUGAUCCCUGAGGGGAAACUCUUUGGUUGGAAAAAGUAAGACGAUGAGACGGAGCAACGGCAACAGGCAGCAUGCGCACUAGUUUGACCAACUCGACCAACACGUCCUCUGUGGAGGAGGCAGCGUUGGGAACCCUUACCCAUUUCCCCGGCAGAGGUCUCUGAGGAAGUUAAGAAGCUUCUCAGCCCAAAAUCCGGUUGCGCUACAAUGGAGUAGACGUGACCAUAAAAAGCUCCGUCUUAACUUUGUCAGUUAUCUACAUCUGACUUGACCAAACCAUUUAUUGUAAGAAGCAACUUUGACUGUGGCCAUACUAAACGCAUACUUGGCGAGAAACAAGUUACACGCAAGGGAAAGCAGACUAAAACACCGUUUUCGUCUGGGUGUCUCAAAAUGGUGGACGAAACAGGGCCAGCUAUCUCCCUUAAAGUACUGAGAACCGAGCUGCAAUCAUCGCGGGAGGCGGUGCUUAGUGACAUCAAAUCUGAAAUAGCCAGCCUGUGGCAAGAAAUUUAAAAAGAUAUCUCAUCUCUUCAUGAAGAAACCAAAGAAGACAUAUGCUCCAUUUGCUCUGAGCUAGCAAACGAGCUGCCCUCACUCCAUGCCGUACACGCCGAGUUUUCCAAAGAAUAGUUGGAAAUGAGCAAAUCUCUGAGUGACACCGUGGAUCAAGUUGUCGGACUAGAACAAACACAGAACUUGAUGGCAAAGGAGUACAAAAAAAAUACAAGACAAAUGCAUGAACCUUGAGAACCGGAGCCGGAGACAAAACAAAGCAAAGGUGCACAUCUUCCCAGACAUGAGCCCAGAGGUCAGCAAACUACGGGCCGCAUUCAACCCAGUGAAAGCAAAGCUCCUGAUGCCAAGACAGACUACAGCCUGUAAACGGAGUCGGGAACUCUUUCGACACUCGCCAGGCAGCUCAGGGAUUCUGCAAUAAGAGGUUUGCCACCACGGAGCAGCGUGAUGUUUAGCAAACUCUGGCAAAUCUAGACCUCCUUGCCGUGCCAGAUGGCUGAAAGACGUACUGUUUCACUUAAAGUCGUUAAAAUAAAAUACACCCUGCAGGGGAGAAAGUUCAAAUUCUACGAGGUAUGGAGACCUUUUUUUUUAAAAAUUAUUUUGAUAACUUGAAAUAUGUAGGACUGGGAUGACCAAUCCUAGAAAAUGGGUUACAGCUCCGGAUUAGUAUAGUCUUCUUUGUCUGUAAUAGGAUUAUUACCGUAGGUGUAGCUCUCCUUGAAUAAGGUUUACUGUAUAACGUUUGUCUAUUUGUUUAAUUAACUUCUUUCACUUUUUUUGUAACCACAAGAGGAUGUCGGGCAGGUUGGUGGGUGGGGAGUUUUAUUGACGCUGCUCUGUUAAACUGCUCCACAACAGAGACUUGGUUUACACCCAGUUAGGAGACAGGAGUCGAUGGUACAAAUAUGUCUUGAAUAAACUAUAUUAAGUUAUUGUCCCGUUAACGACCGAGCUGAGCUAACAAGUGAACGAGUUUGCUAACUGACCAUUAGCAAGCUCAUUAGCUUGGAGUCCAAUUGCAUCAGCUGUACUUUGUGUUUAGUGCUAACUAGCAAAUGUUAGCAUGCUAACCCCCUACACACCUUUCUGACGUCGGAUUGGGGGGGCUGUGCCCACAAUAUCUGUAACUUUCUGAAACUGACAAUGUGACAUCACGCCCACUUCACACUGUGAUUGGUCAGCUGAGUGGAGGUGAGAAAGUAGACGGGGUUUAAACUUCUUUCUCUAGCUCUCUUUUUCAUUCUUUACACAAUUUCUGUCACUUUUCACGUCUUCUUCGUCUUCUUCCACUCCACCUUCCAGCGCGGACGUUCAGAUCGACUAUCAGCACUCGAUCUGAUCAGACGACAAGUCGACCAAAACACUUGUUUUCUAGCACAACCCGAGAUGGCGAGCAUGUUAAACAUCCCACCUGCUUAGCAUCGGCACGUUUGCGUUGUUAUUGUGAGCAUCUUCAGCACGUUCUCACUCACAGCUCGUCGAAUACUGCCGCUCCGUCAGCGGCCCUCUGCUUCAAAAUGUGACGCUCUGGUGUCAUGUCUGAACUCACGUCCGGUUAGAGUUUCAGAAUAAUAAACAUGAACCCCGCUCUCCUGAGUGAAAGUCCUAUGUUUGUUUGAAUUUAUAAUAAUACAUAAUCAUUUAUUUGUCGAAUAUAUAUUGUAUUAUUAAUCAGAAUCUGCAAAGUAACUAAAGCUGUCAGAUAAAUGUAGUCGAGUAAAAAGUUCAAUACUUGCCUCUGAAACGUAGAGGAGCAGAAGUAGAAAGUAGCAUGAAAUGUAAAGUACCUCAAAAUUAUACUUAGGUACAGUGCUUGAGUAAAUGUUCUUAGUUACUUUCCACCACUGAUUACUUAUUAUCAUAAUUGAUGGUUUUGAUAGUUAACCAAUGACGAGGUCUUUUGAUUUGAUGCCUUCAUGUGCAGAUAUAUUUACACACCGUGUCACUGAAAUAGAGAGAGAGAGGAGUGUUUGUUUAUGGAAGGCAGAUGUCUCUCUGUCAUUCAGUGGUGCGAUAAUCCGACUGGAAACCACAUCUAUUUUUACCUCCUCUCCUUCGCUCAGCUGCGUUUCCUCUCACAGUGUUUUUGUGGCUCCGCAGUCGCAGCAGGGAAACGUCCUGAUCCCCAUAAACGUGUCUCAGGUACUGUGUCAAACAGUUUCUAAUCUUUUCUCCUCUUUCUCUAGAAACUUACUUUGCUAUUUUAUGUCAAACUUUAAUAAGGGAUAAAUGUAAAUGUGUUAAGGGCUGAGAAAAUGGAAAAAGUCAGCGAUAAAUCCUUUAAGGGAUUUGGUGAAAACACACGUGAGGUAAAAACAAUUGUGUGAUAUGAUUUGACAAAAACACCAUCAUCGCUGUUUGUUACUCAGUUUUAAUCAGUGAAACAAGAAGCUCUGGUUCAUCUUUUAAAAUGAACCCAGUACCAAAUCUUUAUACAUUAAAUCUGAUUAAUUAAAAUCCUGCUGUUGUUUGGCAAUAAAAUCUGACUAUCAAAUUUAAAAGUA